CGUCCUUGAAUUCCCAUUACCACAUUCUCCAAAGUCCAAAGUCCAAAGUCGUUAGAAGCAAAUUUCUAGUUUAGAAAGAGAGAGAGAGAGAAGGAGACAAUUCACAAACACGUACCUGCGCGUACCGAGCUGUUAAAUAAAAGGAUCCUAUUCAUACCCCUUCUCCAAUCAAAGCCAAUAUCAUUCCCUUCUAUUAUCAGGAAAAUGUCUGCAGCAGGGGGAGAUACUAUUAGCCGACCCAGAUCAGUUGUGAAGAAGAUCUUAGCCAAGCCUCAACAUGAUGGAGAUGGAGCUCUUGUUAGAAGAAGCAUUGGAAGGAUGGAAUUGAGUUCUUUGGAUCCUUUCCUCAUGUUGGAUGAGUUCUUUGUUACUGCUCCUGCUGGAUUCCCAGACCAUCCUCAUAGAGGUUUUGAGACAGUGACUUACAUGUUGGAGGGAGCUUUCACUCAUCAGGAUUUUGAUGGACACAAAGGCACAAUAAGAACUGGUGACUUACAGUGGAUGACUGCCGGUCGCGGGAUAAUCCACUCAGAAAUGCCUGCAGGAUCAGGAACUCAAAGGGGCUUGCAGCUUUGGAUCAAUUUGUCAUCCAAUGACAAAAUGAUUGAGCCCAACUAUCAAGAGUUGAGAAAAGAGGACAUUAAGAUAGCAGAAGAAGAUGGGGUUGAAGUUCGAGUUAUUGCAGGAGAAGCAAUGGGAGUCCGCUCUCCAGUAUAUACCCGAACACCGGCAAUGUACCUUGAUUUCACCCUGAAACCAGGAGCAGAAUGGCAUCAAAGUAUCCCAGAGUCUUGGACUUCUUUUGUGUAUGUGAUUGAAGGGGAGGGUGUAUUUGGGUCCUCAAAUUCAUCACCAGCACCAGCUCACCAUGUCCUGGUCUUGGGUUCAGGGGAUGGACUGUGCGUGUGGAACAAUUCUUCCAAUGCACUCAGAUUUGUGCUCAUCGGCGGGCAGCCUCUUAACGAACCCAUCGUUCAGUAUGGACCCUUUGUGAUGAAUACACAAGACGAGAUUGAUCAGGCCAUCGAUGAUUAUCACCAUUUCCGGAAUGGAUUUGAAAAGGCUAAGUAUUGGAAAUCUCAAUAAGUCUAGGUUCAAAUGGCUUUGAACUGAAAGCCAGAGCAUAUCUAUUAUCCAUAAAUGAUAUAUCCACCCAAAAAAGCUAAAGUGGUAGUUAUAUCUUUAUAUGUAUCUCAACUGCUAUUAUAUGGGAAGUCAAGACAGUAAGAUAGAACUCAAAAAGUUCAUGGGAAAGAAAAUGAUUCUAGAAGCUUUAUGGUGCAGAUUUAAAAAAUAGGAGUACUGCUACUGAAAUCAUGAUGAGUCAGCCCACUUUUGAGUUAAAUUUCAGCUGGAUUUUCCUUAUGUUUCCUCAUUUUUGUUCUUGAAAUUAAAUGAAUAUUUUUGUUAAUCUC